AUGGCUGGACACUACGGAGUAGAUCGGAUAUGUCGUUGGACUGAGUUGUUUCUAUUACCGUCCGCAAUCACGGAAGCUUAUGCCACCGUCAUCCUAGACGAAAUCGUAUUACGCUACGGGACCCCCAGGAGGGUGAUCAACGACAACGGUACCCAGUUUAUAAGUGGAGUGAUGCAACAACCAACUCACUUCCUCGGAAUCGCCCAGGAUCUAACACCGCUAUACUACCCGACCGCUAAUCCAGUGGAAAGGCGAAACCGGGACUUAAAAACACCGUUCGCUAUUGCGACCCCCAAAGAUCAAACCCAAUGGAACGAAAUUGCCACUGGAUUUAGUGCGGCACAUCUUACCUUUGAGAGAGAACUUCGCAACUCCGAGGAAGCGCACCAGGAUCUCCGAGCCAUUCUUCAAUCAGAUAACUUCGUAUCAGAGAUCACCCCAAGACCCCUAGAUCUCACUAACCUGCUCCGACUAGCUCGAGACGGGCAUGAGGUCCAACACCGUCGCCAACCCACUCCGGCCUACCGUCCAGGAGACUUGGUUUCGGAUAACGAGGAACGACCAGUUUUGAGAUUGCCUAUAUCUAAGGAUCAGCCGUUAGGUAUCGCCGGAGUCUACCACACCUCCUCCCUAAUUCCUUUCCGAGGACCUGAGAGAGACAUCGCCCCCCAACUAGCCGAACGGAAGAAAGGACGCCUGAAGAAGUUCCGUCAUGGGACCUAG